UGAUUUUGAUGCAUAUGGCGCGUGUGUGCGAAUGGCGAGUGUGUUUAUUUGUGUGUGUGUGUGUGUUGGCGUCGGUGUCUAGUCCGCGUUAAUUUUCUUGCCGUGCAAAUUGUUGAAUGAAAAGGAAUUUGGGUGCAAAAAUAUAAGAACGACUCCGCUUAACUGUUCAAAUCUCUUGCACAGUGGUUAGGAGGGAACGGGAACACAACGCGACGCAACACAACGCAACGCAACACAACACACAGAUUAUGGAGUUGUUCGACAUGGUUAAAGCCACCCCACCGCCGCUACGGGUUCGGGACUCCAGCAGCUCAACUGCCAAACUGCCGGAGACACCAUCGCCGCAGCCACCAUCGGCGAUGGCCGCCGCCGCCGCCGCCGCCACCUCUUCGUCGCAUCAUUCGGACGUCGAUGCAUUGGACGCUUCCGUGGAGCCCUGCAAACGUUUCGUCGUCCGCCUAAAGCGCACCGUUUCCCGGGAACUAACCAAAGAGACGGACGAGGACAAAGGACCAAAGGGCAAGGACAAGGACAAGGACAAUGAUAAGGAUAACGAUCAUGAUUCAGAUGAUAAGGAUGGUAUGGAUGACGGGGACGAUUCGAUGCAGCAUUCGAGUCCUCCAAAAACCAAGGCCCAACAAAAGAUGUUUGCCGAUCUCCAUCAGCCAGUAUCCGCGUCCCAGCUGACCAAAUCUGUGGUGGUGCGCCUCAAGCGUUUGACCACAACAGAAAUUGAGAGUUACAUUACAUCAUUCCCCCCAUCCCCCUCCAAUACAGCCAUAUCCACAUCAACGCCCAAGUUCUCAAGCACACCUAUGCCGGGGUCACGCAAACGCGGUCGCCCGAGGAAGGAUCCAAAUACCAGUGACGUCCCAGAGACCCCCUCGCCCCCCAAGAAGCCCAAAGUACACAUCAAGGUACCGUUGGUGCAGAAUAGUGGUAAAAAUCGUUCACUCAAGCAAACGCUGGCCGCAACAGCGACGACCGAAGAGCAGCCCAGAACAAGCAAAGCGGCGGCACAGCUAAGAAGGCAGGAACUGAUCGAUCGCUUUGGCUCCCGUUUCUUUGGCUGCGUGGUAAAGCUGAAUCGUGUCAAGAUGCCAGACCAGCAGCUCAGGGGAAGCGUGGUGCAAGGAGCAGUGUGCAAGGCCAAGAAGACACUGAAGUGCCCCACCAAGGGGCGGCCGCGGAAGUCCAACCUGUCGGUGUCUUUCAGCGAAUCCGUGGAGAUUUUGGGUAGCAAUGAGAGCAGCACCCAGCGUCGCUCUACGCUGGGCUUGUCCACGAAGCGCAGGGGUUCGCCAAAACCAACGCGCCUUCAGCGUGUGGAUGCAACUGGGAAUGUGCUGGAGGAUAUUUUGCUUGCCACCCCCACGGGCAAGGAUAAGCGGCGCUCCUGCAACGGUUCUUCCGGGUCUCCGGAAGCCGGGUCUCGCAAGCCUAAGAGGUCGACCAUGAGUGUCCCGGUGAUGGGACUGGCCAGCCUGCGUCUCGAAGAUGAUCAAAAGCCCGAGAACGAUGAUGAAGAUGAGGAGUACAUUGUGCCCAACGAGCUGCCGCGCACCCAAAGAAAAAGCACUCCGGUUCCCAAGAAGCGCAAGAAGAUUUCCGUGACGACGACCAUCAGCGACAGUGAGACAGAGCAAGAGCUGCAGGAGCCGAAGGAGAAGCUGAAGAAGGGGGCCGGGUCCAAGUCCGGGUCCCAUCAAAAGGCACAAAUGCCAGAGAAAUUAACCGAAAAGAAGGAGUCACAGAAAACAGAGACGGAUAUGGAGACAGAAGAAAAGUUAGUAGAAAAAUGCAACAGCGAUAAGGAUAAAUAUAUAGUGGACGGAGAAGCAGAGAAAGUCGUGGGAGCAAAUGAAAAACGAGUCGAAGGAGAAGAGAAACCCGUCGCAAAUGCAGUGGAGGACCACAAAGAAAAAGAAACCGAGACAAAGGAAGAUCUCGAUGCCGAAAGAACAAUCAUAACGAAGAAUAGGGAAGAAAACGAAAACGAAAACGACAAGGAUUCCGAAGCGAAUGUAAAAGCGGACGGAAACGGACACGGGGACGAAAACGUUGCCGAUAAAGAAAAGGACGCCGGAGCUACCAGCUUGAUUGAAGCGGAAAUAGUGCCCGAAGCAGAGGUAAAAGUGAAAUCGGAAUUGGAACAAAAACAAGAGGUGCGCGCCGCAAACGAUGAGAAAGCGGAUGGAACUAAUAAGGAUGAGGACCUACUUGAUUUGGUCGAUGAUUCUCUCUUGGAUAAGCUAGUGCUGGAAGAAUCGGUGAGGGAGGAACGGAAAAAAGAUGAUAUCGGUGAAAUACUGGAUCUGGGUGCAACAAUGGAUCUGGAUGCAGCCCUGGAUGUUGUGGAAAUCAAAGCAGAACCACCGCUGACGGCCGAGGACGAGGAGGAUAUACUGGAAAUCCAGACUUCCUUGGAGGAUGUGCGUCAGCUGCAUACGCCCACAUCUAGUCCAUGCAGGAGCGUCGUACCCCACCAGCGUUCAGCAGCACGCAUCGACUCUGGCGACUCGGAGGCUAGUUUCAAAUCCUUGAGCGCAGAGACCGAUACCUCCAUCAACCAGGAUCUCGUCGUGACACCCCCUCGUCCACUGGAAGCUGCCCCAUCGCCCACAUUGCCAGAUGAGCUAAUAUCCAUGCAUAAUUGCAACAUAACCAGCAUUGAUACGACUUCCAGGGGGGCUACCCCGCCGAUACCAUUCUUCGCCAUUGAGUCCGAGCGCCCGUCAGAGGACGAUGAUCUGGUUACGUUACCGGAGCACGACUUUCAUCUGAGCUCCAGCCGACAUGCCAUCUCCAGGGGAACUCUGGAUGACAUCAUGACAGCAUUAGACUCUUAAGCAGCUCUGAGAAAAACUCACACAACUCAUCACACUAUAAGAAUAGAAUUUCACAUAAAAACAUUUACACACACACGCCCACAAAUACACACUGAUCCUCUUCUGAAUUCACUAAAGAAUUGGCAACUUUGGUCCCGAAGGCAUUUCUUUUCUUAGCUGAAACUUAGUUAACUUUUAUUAUUUUCUAUUUGUAAUAGUUAGAUAUGAAUUUUUGCUUUUGUGUUUCUUCUGGAUUUGUUGGUUGUUUUUCUUUCCUCUUUAAAUGUUUAAAUCCCUCAAAGUUUAUUAGUUGGCUAAAUUUUCUUUUGUUUCUUGUGAAAAGAAAACCCUCUAGCUAAUCAUUAAGUUUCCUGUUUAAUAAUGCUUAAAGUUCGUUUUGCUUAAAACUUGAAAAGUUUUCGUGGGCCUCUCCAGGACGCCGUAUUUCGGAUCGGCUUCUAAAGAAGCUUCCAUAGCCCAUACCCAUACCCAUUGAAAGGUCGAUCAUUUUUCCCAUCGCAUGCCCUCACCCCUCGCCCCAUUCCCGAGGUUUUUCAUUUUAUUUUUUUUUUGUAGUUGUAAGUUUAAUAGCUGUAUAGAAGAAAAGGGGAAACCCCUCAAGGAAAGUGGGUGCAGGGCAGGAAAGGCUUUGGGACAGUUGCGACUCUAGUCUGAUAAACACACACACACACACAGACACACACCUAUGUUAGAGGGGAUUUACGUUAAGCAAAAUGAGGAGCAAAAUUCACGACAUUCGCAACACAGAAUGUCAUUAUGUUUUGUUAAUAUAAUAACCGUAAUGUUUAAGUUGCUUAAACAUAAUGUUAUAUAUAUAUAUAUAUAUUAAUUAUAUUCUACAGAUUAAACGGUUAA